AUGAAUUUUUUGACUUUAACCGAUAAACUUGUUGAUGAAAAAGCUGCCAUCAAAUUUUUCCAAAGUAAUGGAAUAAUUCCUGAAGAAAAAAAAUGCAGCAAUGGGCAUCAAAUGAAAAUGCAGUUUGGAAAGUAUUUUCGUUGGAGAUGCUACAUUAAAGAAUGUAGAGAAGAAUGCGGAAUAAGAAUUGGCACCUGGUUUCAAGAUACCAGGCUCCCCUUUCGAACAGCUGCCUUAUUUAUUUUUAACUGGGAGGAAGAACGGACUUCUGUGAAUUUCUGCAAGAAGGAGCUUAAAAUGGGCCACUGCACGACUGUGGACUGGAACAACUACCUCCGAGAGAAGCUCGGCAACGCUUCUGGAGGUGCUGAAAAGAAGAGUGACUCCAGAAACCCUUAUAAUUUCCGAUAUGUGGAAGGGGUAUUUCCAAGUAGGAGAUUCUGGGUUUCAGCAUUUGCAAGUGAACCACAAAUAUCAUUUUGUAGAUCCACUUACAAAUGCUUAUACUCAGAGCGUCAAACGGGUCUGGAGAUCGGUGAAAGAAAGAAACCGACGCCACAACGGAACCCACCGUAG